AUGUGUUUCGUCCAAUUCUCUAUUAUUUGUCUUGUUAUAGGAUUGUUAUUGAUAACAAAAACAAAUACCUUAGCUAAUGAGCAACCAAAGCUGACCUAUGAAAUGAUCACUCAAAUCAAGGGUUGUCCUUGUCAAGAAGAAACUGGUGGAAACCCACACCUCAUUUACGAUUUUGGUGGAGGUGACAUGAAGAACGUAGCAUACUUUUCAGGCCUAGUUUAUUUCCUUGAUCAAUGUAACAACAAGAUAUACUCAUAUGAAUCCCAAGAAAACCAACAAAUCUCAAAAAGUAAUCAAGUUUAUGUGAACUUGGUGGCAGGUGGCGGUGACGAUUCGUAUUUUAAUGGCACACAUGCUUGUAGAAGAUUUGGAUUUGCAGGUGAUGGUGGGAUGGCUAUCAAAGCUCUGUUUAAUAGACCUGUUCAUAUUGCGAUAGAUCAUUCAAAUGGUGAUCUGUAUGUCACUGAUCAGGGAAAUCAUGCUAUCCGAAAGAUUACUUGGGAUAAGACCAUCAGUACUGUUGCAGGCAUAGGCAGAUUUGGUACAGAUUCCUUUAUUGAUGGAGUUCCUGCUACAAAGGUCAGUUUGGAUACACCCAUCAAGUGUGUGAUCGUGGCAGGUGAACUGUACAUUCAAGAAAAUAGAGGAAUUCUUAGAGUUGGUAAAGAUGGUACCAUUUCUAUAGUUAUUGACAUCAAGAAGCACUUUUACUAUGCAAAGCAAUUCGAAUUGUUGACAUUCGACAUUUCCCAAGAUGGAUCCAUUGUUUACGUUGCCAUGAGCUUUGAUAAUUCAGUUUUUAUCAAGCAGUAUCAUGAAAGUAAUGAAACUUGGACUCAUGUAAUGGGUACAGAAAAUUCUGAAAGCAGUUGUCUCUCUCUUCCCAAUUGGGAAGAAGGUUAUUAUUUGAAUCCUUCCAAUUAUACACUCUGCCAUGUUACAGAUAUGAUAUUUACAAAAGAUGGAGCGAUGAUUCUCAUAGACACUUAUUCCAAAAAUUAUACUGAGAUUACUAAUUCUGAUGUUCCAAUGGAUAUUCAACCAAUGUCUGCAAUUCAUCGUUUAGAACAAGAUGGAACGCUUUCUGUAUUAAUGACCUCAACUAGAGGCUAUACAUUCGGUGGACUGGGGGUUUAUCCAAAUGGAGAUUCAAUAAUUUAUACUGUCCAAGAAGAAAAUGUGAAGAAAAUUAUUGAAACUCAUAUUACUUGUAGAGAAUAUUUGAAACUGUCCAGUGAAAGAAGGAACUGUGUACCAGUAUGUGACACCAGACCAGCUGAUGAUCCAAAGGUCUGUGGUGGACAUGGCACUUGUCAAGAUACUAAUAAGUGUGUAUGUAAUGAUGGUUUCAAUCCUGAAACAUUUUGUAAAUCUCCAAUGUGUUUUGGAGAUUUUUCAGAAACUGGAGGAUGUUCUGGUCAUGGCAAAUGCGUUGAUUAUGAUAAAUGUUCAUGCAAUUAUGGCUAUUGGGGGGACAAUUGUCAAUAUCCAUGGAGUUUUACAAUUAUCAUUAUUGGUUGUAUCAUUUUGGUUGUAGCUUUAAUGUGUGAGUUCAGUACUAUCUUUGGUUGUUACAUUUACUUGGACAACAAGAGGAAACAUAAAGUGUUGGAGGGUGAACAUUCAGACAUGCUGGACGACUACAAGAGUGCUCAACAAGAUGUUGCCGAUAUGAGGGGAAUAGUUAAAGUGGUAGAAUUUACAAAUGCCAUUUCCAGUAAUCAAAGGUCCACCUUCAAUAUUAAUGGAGAAAGCUAUCCAUGUUCGUUUGAGGCAAGAAAAAGGUACUUACAUAUUGAACCCAAUGAUUUUGGUGUUAAAACUGUGCUAUGCAACAAUUUAAGGCCAUUACUAGUUUACAGCAAAAUCUGGCAAUUUACAAUAGAGAGAAAUGAUCAGAUUGCAAGUAUUCGUAAUGUUGCUUACUUUGUAAAUAGUUUAAAAUCCAAACCAUCCGAGUCCAAAUCAUCUGAGUAUGAAGCUUAUCCAUACCUAUUUGUGACAUUGAAACACUAUCCACUUAGUAACCUUUCCAUAAGGACUGAAAAAAGAAUUUUACAAAAACUGUUUACAAAAGAAGGAAUGAGAAAGGCAUGUCUUAGUAUGGCAAAAGCAAUAGCUCGAUUCCACAAUACUUUGGGCUUAAUCCAUUGCGAUAUUGCUCUCAAAAAUUUCGUAAUUGAAGAACUUGGAAAUGGAGAAUUAGUUUUCAUUUUGAUAGAUUUUGAUGCAGCAAGAUUCAUCAAGCCAGAAGAUGCCACAAAAAUGUUACAGAACAAUAAGCGAGUAUCAGUGGAUAGUUCACAAGGAAUCCAACCGCUCUCAGACAAUUCCCUAGAUGAAUAUACUAUUUCACAUUUAACAGGAAACGAGGAUUACCAAAAUACGACACAGAGGGAUCUUUAUGCCUAUGGGGCAACCAUUGAAGAACUUUACGAUAUUUUCCUUUUUCAAAUUACAAACAUAAUUAAUGAACUCACUGAUAUGAUUUCUAAUUCCAAGUUUACUGAAGAAAAAGAACGUUUAACAAUGGAGAUUAAGGCAUUUGAAGAAGUAAUUCCAAAUCACUCUGAAAUGUUGAACUAUUUCGAAAGCAAUGUGAAGCCAAUUGUUGCAAAAUUGAAAAAUCAUGAGUAUCAAACAGACUACAAAUCAGAAAUGUAUCUCAUUGAACUAUUUUCAGAUGAAACAUUUUCUCAAACUCUAAAGAAUGAACAACAAGUUUCACCUUUGUCUCACAAUACAGCAUCAGUCAUAACUCCACAUCAAAAUCCAACACAAACAACAACAACUUUAAGCUCAAAUCAACCAGAAGAGAUUGAUGAUGAACAAAAAAGUCUUCCACCGAGUCCAACUAAUUCGUCCAACUCUAAACGAAAGAGUUUCGAAUUAAAAUUCAAUCCACAUGAUUACGUUCUAGUUUUCGAACACGUCAUGAAUGAUAAAGAAUGUAAAGAUCUUUUCCAUGAAUAUUUGACGAAACAUGCAAAAUCUGCUGAAUUGUUGGAUUUUCUUAAUGAUUAUCGUGAAUAUGUGGUUUAUUACUUUAGUUUGAAUUUGAGGGCGAAACCUUCGUGUUUGAUAAAGGACGUUUGGAAGAAAGUGCCAGAGAGAAAGACUGAACCUGAGAAGGAAAGCGAAGAAGUGUUGGUUAUUCGAAAGAAUAAGAAAUUAGACGAUUUUCAUGCAAUGGCAAGGAAUUUAAUGGAAAAAUAUAUUAUCGAGGGUUCACAACAUGAAAUUAAUAUUAGUUCUUGUAGGAAAGAUAUCAUACAGAGAUGGAAUAACAUUAAUAACUUUUUGAUAUCUGACAGUAUUAGGACGACAGUUCAAGGAUUGACACAAGUUAUUGAUUUGUUGAAUCCUGAAACCUUGUUCAGAAGUUCAAGUAAUUUAGUUCGAGUUGAUUUGGAAUAUGAUCAAUUUCCUCGUUUUGUUAGAAGUGAUUUAGUUUAUCAAUUCCUAAAAAGGAAAGGUGAAGGAUUUACUCGAUCUGUGGCUUUGAAUGUUUCACAGGGAUACAGAUUAGAUAUUAGAUUUAAACCUCACGAGUUGGUUUCCAAGAAAAUUGACGACAAGAUGAUUUAUUUCGGUUACACCCUCCUACAAGAUACACCUGACUGGGAAUGUAUUCAUGACAAGAAUGAAUCUCAAGUUUUCAUCUCCAAAACCAAUUACACAUUCGGUCUGAAUUCGAAUAAUUUGAAACUAAAGAAACUUACCUUCUCAAUUCCUUACAGUUUAGAGAACUUUUGGGCAAUCUACGUAGAUACAGAACUAUACACGAAAUACAAAAUAUUCCAAACGAAAAACUACAAAUUUCGUCAAUAUAUUGAACCAAAUUCAGGUAAAACCGAUCAGUCAACUGGAGAAUUAUUGGAUAAUCAACUGGCAAUGGCUCAAGUUCAAUCCUCACUUCGUCUCGUUCCAUUUACCAAAUCUAGACAAUAUUCAGUGAUUACUACAGUGAUUUAUGAACCUCUUCUUGAUUGUAUCGUUCAAAUUUCACCAACUUAUAGAGAUCCAAAUGUUGGAAAUGAAAAUGUGUUGGUUAUUGGACUUUCGUACAGUUUUUUCUUUAGAAUGAGAGAUGGCUCGACUAGAGUAGUUUUGAUUACGUAUUCUGAUAUGAAUUUUAAUAUUCCUUCCUUUGUAGAAUCUCGAGCUCUGGUAUUUAGUGUCAAAAAUUUCAAAAAGGGAAUUGUCAAAGCUUUGGAUGAAUUGACAGGAAAAGACAAGUCAAAAGUAAUUGAAUACAAGGAUGAUCAAGAACGUCCUUGGAAUAUCAUCAUGGAGGUCAAUAAGAACAUGUUCCCAAAUCGAUCUUGGUUUAAGGAAUGGAAUGAACAAAUGGAAGAAAAAGAAGAGCAAUAAGGAGUUGUUUAUAAAUGGAAUUUUUACUUAU